CUGAGGAAAUUUCAUUGUUAGAACUGAAAGGAAGGACAAGUGCCAUUUGUGAAGAAGACACCUGGUACCAUCAUGGAGCCCCUUCUGGCAGUAAAAGUUGGAUGUUUGGUGGCUCUUCUGUUCCUGACGUUGAUUUGUGGGAUGGCUCCCGCCUUUAUCAGCUGGUUCCUGAAAAAAAGUGUCACAGGCAUCUAUGAACUUAUAAUUUGCUUGAUCAGCUCAUUUGCAGCUGGCAUCUUCCUGGGUGCGUGUUUGCUUCACGUAGUGGCAGGCUUCCUCUCAGAUGCUGCCGUGGAACUUGCAUAUAUUAAUUACCCUAUGGGAGAGCUGAUCCUGUCAUUUGGCUUUUUCCUUGUCCUUCUCAUAGAACGCAUUGUACUGCAAAUAUCUCAGAGAUCAGAGAGCACUGUUCAAGAGAACAUCCCAAUGCCCUCUACUCCACAAAGUCCUGAUGAUAACUAUCAGGAGAAAAAUGACCCUCAAAGUGAGAAAUCUCUGCCACCUGAAGAUCCACAUAACCAUGUCCAUCCUCAUGUAUAUUCUAAUUCCUCCUUCCGCUCCCUUAUUCUCUUUUGCUCCCUCUCCGUCCACUCAGUUUUUGAGGGUUUAGCAAUUGGUCUUCAGUCCAACUAUUCCAGUGCUCUUGAGAUUGCAAUUGCUGUACUAAUCCACAAGGGUAUCAUUGUCUUCAGUCUGUCUCUAAAGUUAAUCCAGAGCAUGACUAGACCAGCUUGGCUAAUCACUUACAUAGUGAUAUUCUCUCUUAUGUCUCCUAUUGGGAUUACUAUUGGAAUUAUUGUUACACUAAAAAAGACCACCAUAGUGACUCUGGUGCAGACCAUCUUAGCGGGUAUUUCCUCUGGCACAUUUAUAUAUGUCACUUUCUUGGAAAUUCUGCCACAAGAACUAAAUUCAGGAGACAGACCUCUUUUAAAAGUCCUCUUUAUUAUUAUUGGGUUUACAGUAAUGGCAGUCAUAGCUAUCUGGGCCUGA